AUGAAACUGCUUCCAUUCCUAGUUCUGAUUUCCAGUCUGCUGGACUAUGGCUGCACUUCUGCAAGCUGCAACAUAACAUGCCACAAAGACGCCAGAUGUGAAGUUCGGGGUGGGACAACAGGCUGCUAUUGCUCCCAAGGAUACACAGGAGAUGGCAUAAGAUUCUGUUACGAUGAUAAUGAAUGUGAAAAUGUUACUCAGCCUUGUGGAGAGCAUGCCAAUUGCACAAACACCGUGGGAAGUUAUUUCUGCAUGUGUGUGCCUGGUUUCAAAUCCAGCAAUGGUCAACAAACUUUUGUACCUAAUGAUGGAACCUCCUGCGUGGAUGUAGAUGAGUGCAGCAAUGAAGGAACUGUUGCCUGUGGAGAUCAUGCAAAAUGUGAAAACGUGGAUGGAGGGUUUAACUGCUCCUGUAAGGAAGGUUAUCAACCAUCCACAGGAAAAUUGCAGUUUAAGCCAAAUGAUGGCACUUCCUGCCAAGAAAAUCCGAAGGCCAAGUGUGCAUUAUACAAAGACUGUAUAACUGAACAUAUUAAUAGAACUUUAGCUGGAAUUAGUCAUUUAAAAACACCCCUGGAGAUGCUGCAAGAAAUUAAUAAAAAUACUUUGGGACCGCUUUUACCUGUAGAUGUGAUUUCAUAUGUUGAAGCAUUAUCUUACUCAUCGUUGAAUACCAUGCAUUACUCUGUUUCUGACAAUGAAGCACUUUGUAAUACAACCAUUAACGUUUUGAUUAACACUGUGAACAAUUUUUUACAAAAAGACAAAAUUGCAGUCUGGGAAGCUCUUCCUGUAGAUAACCAAAGACGGAGCCUGACUAAGCUGCUGCAUACUGCAGAACAAGCGAUGCUUCUCAUGUCACAGAACUUCAAAAAGACAACACAGCUAGAUGUUAAUGCAAGUGACAUAGCACUCAAGGUUUUUGCUUUUGAUUCACACCACAUGAAACACAUUCACCCUCAUGUAUACACAGGGGGAGAUUACAUAAAGAUCUCUCCAAAGAAGAGGGAGGAAUCUCAUCCUAAUGGCACCGUUGCAGUUGUCUUUCUGCGGUAUAGCAAUAUUGGUUCUUUGCUUUCAUCGCCUAAAAACCUCUCCUCGAAAGAUACUUCAGAGCAGAGACAGACAGUAAGCUCAUCAGUUAUAGCUGUUGCAAUUAGCUCAAAUCCACCUACGCUCUAUGAGCUUGAGAAAAUAACAUUUACCUUAAAGUAUGCCAAGACUGCAGAUAAAGAUAUUAAAUGUGCGUUUUGGAACUACUCAGCAGACACAAUGAAUGGCAACUGGGCUACAGAAGGCUGUGAGCUGACACAUUCCAACUCCACUCAUAUCUCAUGCAAAUGUAAUCAUCUGACUCAUUUUGCUGUUUUGAUGUCCUCAGGUGGCUCUGUUGGUGUUACAAACUAUAACAUUCUUACAAGAAUCACUCAGCUAGGAAUAAUUAUUUCGUUGAUUUGCCUCUCCAUGUGCAUUUUUACAUUCUGGUUCUUCAGUGAAAUUCAAAGCACUAGAACGACAAUUCACAAAAACCUCUGCUGCAGCCUUUUCCUGGCGGAACUUAUUUUUCUGAUUGGAAUUAAUAUGAACAGUAAUAAGCUCUUCUGUUCAAUUACUGCUGGAUUACUCCAUUAUUUCCUUCUAGCUGCUUUUGCGUGGAUGUGCAUCGAAGGUAUUCACCUCUACCUUAUAGUUGUGGGAGUCAUCUACAACAAGGGUUUCUUGCACAAGAAUUUCUAUGUCUUUGGCUACGUCAGUCCAGCCGUGGUCGUUGGAAUCUCUGCUGCACUGGGAUACAAGUACUAUGGCACCACAGAAGUAUGUUGGCUCAGCACGAAGAAUAACUUUAUAUGGAGUUUUAUAGGACCAGCAUGUCUAAUAAUUCUUGUUAAUUUGUUGGCUUUCGGAGUGAUUAUUUAUAAAGUAUUUCGACACACUGCAAUGUUAAAGCCAGAAGUUAGUUGUUAUGAAAAUAUAAGGUCCUGUGCCCGAGGUGCUCUUGCUCUCCUGUUCCUCCUUGGGGCUACCUGGAUCUUCGGGGUCCUCCAUGUCGUCCAGGGAUCUGUGGUUACUGCAUAUCUUUUUACAAUCUUCAACGCAUUCCAGGGGAUGUUCAUCUUCAUAUUUCUUUGCGUGUUGUCUAGGAAGAUUCAGGAAGAGUAUUAUAGGUUGUUCAAAAAUGUUCCUUGCUGUUUCGGCUGCUUGAGAUAAAUGGAAGGAAAACAUGCAUGAACAUCUCAGUGGAAGAAGGGAGCAACCUAGAUGAUGUUGUUAUGGAUAUUACAUAAAAAUAUGGUAUUGUGAAAGUAUGAAAUGACCCAGUGAGGUGGCAUCUCUCUUAACUGAAUUACUGACUCGUUUUGUACAUACGUGUGCAUUCAAACAGAGCAUUUAUAUUACGCUGUAUACAAACAGUACACAAAACAAACCAGAUUAUUGCAAAACAAAUAUUAAUGAAGACCAGGGAAAGAAGCAAAUUUCUAAAGAAGCUCAAGACUUUUCAUGACUUGGGUUUUGUUUCUAAUAUUAGAAAUGACUGCAAUUCUUGAAAGCAAGAUACCAAAAACCAACUGGCACGCUAGAUUUAAUGAAUUGCUUUGCUAGUGGAAACAUGUUCGCUGUCUUUUUGUAGUAAUGAGUUCUUAAAUUAAGUUGUAUGUGGCCAUCUGCAGGGAAUGGGUUCCAUUAAAGAGUCAAUAGAUAAAGAUCUGCUUCAGCCCAGACUUUUGAAAACAUUUCUUUUAAUUUAAAGUAGAUUAAAAAAGGAAUUUGUUUAAUAUUUUUCUCUUAUCACUCUGAAAUAUAUAUUUGUAUAUUAAUCAAUUCUUUAUUUUUAUAACUUUUAAAGAACUGUUUAGAGCUAAAGAGCUGAGGUCAGAUCUGAUACAAGAAUGGUAGGACAGCCAUUUUAUAAGUGAAAGAUUAUUUUGUGAAUACUUUGACAAAGAUCUGGUUCUUAUUUUAUUUAAUUGCCAAAAACACUGAGAUCUGCUAAACUGGCACUAUGAUUUUGGAGGCUGUGGGAAGAAGAUGCUUUCACAAGUUUGUCAGUUGAUAGAGAUAUUUGGAAUC